AGCUGACGUCACAUCCGCUCUCUUCUUCGUGACGCAGGGUUCCAGCAUGGCGGACACCGGUGUGGUGGAGACGCUCCUCCAGCGGAUUGAGAAGGCGGACGACGGUGUGGACAGUCUCCAGUUGGCCACCAGCCUCGGGGUCGACCACCAGACCGUCGUCGGGGCCGUGAAAAGUCUUCAGGCUGUCGGCGACAUCAUCUCCGCAGACCUCCGCUCCUCCAAGCGCUGGGAGCUGACAGAGGAGGGCACAGAGACCGCUGAACAUGGCAGUCACGAAGCCCGGGUUUUCGGUUCCAUUCCGUUGGAGGGUCUGGCACAGAGUGAACUCAUGAAACUGUCCUUUGGGAAGAUCGGCUUCAGCAAAGCCAUGUCCAACAAGUGGAUCAGACUGGACAAAGGACACGAGGGGGGGCCACGGAUAUUCAGGAGUGUGGAGAACAUAGAAGACCAGGUGAGAGAGAGGCUGCUCCUGGUCCAGACAGGCAGCAGCUCCGAGCUGGAGGAGAAGGAGAAGAACGAACUGAAGAAGAGGAAGCUGCUCUCUGAAGUGACAGUGAAGACGUACUGGAUCACCAGAGGAGACUCCUUCAGCACCACCGUCACCAAACAGGAGACGGAGCUCAGUGCUGAGAUGAUCGCCAGCGGCAGCUGGAAAGAGAAGAAGUUUAAGCCGUACAACUUCGAGGCCCUGGGCGUGGCUCCAGAGUGCGGUCAUCUGCAUCCGUUAAUGAAGGUUCGGACACAGUUCAGGCAGAUCUUUCUAGAAAUGGGCUUCACUGAGAUGCCGACCAACAACUUCAUCGAAAGCUCCUUCUGGAACUUUGACUCUCUGUUCCAGCCCCAGCAGCAUCCAGCCAGGGACCAACACGACACCUUCUUCCUCUCUGAUCCAGCUCUUUCUCAUGAAUUCCCUCAGGAUUAUCUGGAGAGAGUGAAGAAGGUUCACUCAGAGGGGGGCUACGGUUCUCAGGGGUACAAGUACGACUGGAAGGUGGAGGAGGCUCAGAAGAACAUCCUGCGGACUCACACCACGGCCGUCAGCGCACGCAUGUUGUAUAAACUGGCCCAGCAGGAGAAAUUUACACCCGUCAAAUAUUUCUCCAUCGACCGCGUCUUCAGAAAUGAGACCCUGGACGCCACGCAUCUGGCCGAGUUCCACCAGAUAGAGGGCGUAGUAGCCGACUACGGCCUCACACUUGGAGACCUGAUGGGCGUCCUGCACCAGUUCUUCACCAAGCUAGGAAUCACCAAGCUACGGUUCAAACCCGCCUUCAACCCGUACACGGAGCCCAGCAUGGAGGUGUUCAGCUACCAUGAAGGGCUGAAGAAGUGGGUGGAGGUGGGCAACUCUGGGGUCUUCAGACCGGAGAUGCUGCUGCCCAUGGGUCUGCCUGAGGACGUGUCCGUCAUCGCCUGGGGUCUGUCUCUGGAGAGACCCACCAUGAUCAAGUACGGCAUCAACAACAUCAGAGAACUGGUGGGACACAAGGUGAACCUGCAGAUGGUCUACGACAGUCCCAUCUGUCGCCUGGACUCCUGAGCCACACCCCCACCCUGUGGUCUGUGGUUCAAGACCGACUCUGCCACAGGGGGGCAGCACUUCUGACAAACAUGAUCAUGAUGGUUUGAACUGUGCUGCUCUGGACCAGACUCUGUUACAAACAGGAAGUGAUUAAAUUAACAAUAAAUGUUUUUUCACAUAC